AGAAAAACAAAUGCACACAACACACACACACACACACACACACAUCCUCUGUGCAUAGGAAGCACCUAAGUUAGACAGAGAGAAAGACAUACAGUGAAGAGUGUGUUUUGAGCUCUGAAGUCUGAGCAAGAUGAAGUGGAAAAUUUUGAUCUUUCAUUUUACCUGCUUGCUGAUGCAGAAGUUGGUCUCUGGCCAAGACAAAGAUGGCGAAAUCAGUAUGACAAAGAUAUCUAAUCUCUUUGUCUUCAAGUGCACUAAUGGCGAAUUUAAAUAUCAAAAUGAGACUACAUCUCCUGAGCUCAAGUUAAUCUACGAAGAGAAAGAUUCUAAAGAGUAUAUGUGUGUGAAAAGUGGAGACCCGCAAACUCCACUUUCAACUAUUUUGGUUAAAUUCAGAACUUGUGACAACUGUAUCGAGCUGGACGCACCUUCCCUGAGUGCGAUCAUUGUGGGGAACCUUGUGGCCACCUUUCUCAUUGCCUUUGCAGUUUAUAGCAUUACUAGACAACCCAAAGGCAGAAACUUUACUGGCAACAAAGCAUCAGAUAAAGUAAAUCUACUCCCCAAUGGUGAAGGAGACACUUAUCAGCCACUGACGCCAGGUCAGAAUUCCGAGUACAGCAGGCUGGAUGGUGUCCGAAAGAAAUGAUCUUCAUCAUAAAUUUCAUAGGGUGCCAACUUUAAAUUCAAGUUUGUUUCAACCGGAAAAGGGAACUCCAAUGUUUGUUUGUACUAAAAAACCUCUUAUAUGUAUGCAAACUAUUUUUACACAUUAAUAUAAUAGUUAAUCAGUAGCUCAGAUAAAAAAAAUGUUAACCUGGUUAAUAACCCACAGUAUUUAGUUUAUGUUUAAAAUUUAUUAAGGUGCAUAAUGCUAUAAAAUGAAGCUACUCUUUAAUUCAGUUGCAUGUCCAGUUUAACUACUAUAAGUUACUUUAAUUUAACUAAGAGUUAAGUCCUUUUAAAUUCCUGAAAAUCAUUUGUAUAUGGACAUUAUGGAGAAAUUUGGGUAAGCUUUGUAAAACUAGCAUAGCGAGGUCAGGCGUCUGACUGCAGUUCAGUGUGUUGGACAGUUUGACGGAUCAAAG